GUCCCCCCUAACUACAUCGGACACACCGGCUCCACGCCAGGGUCCCAGGCCGCGGUUGCGCGGUGUUGGGGUGUGGGUCCCCGGGCGCGUUGCGCCUCCUCGGGCUAUCUCUCCUUGGGGCAGAGUCCACGGCGUCGGCCGACUCCGUGUGCUGGGUGGUCUCGCCUCCGGUGCCUGCCUGUACGGUUCCGAGCCGACACUUGCCUUAUAUCCUCGGGCUUCUCUUCCCACCCACUCCCUCCUGCCCAGGCCUUUUCCCCUCAGAGCGAACGCCUCAGGGGACCCGCGGAGUGGGGGUCUCUGUGCCCUCACGCGCUGAAGCGAGCGCGGUGGCUGGGGUCUUGGAGGUGACGGCCGUCCCGCCCUAGGGCGCCGCCCAGGACUAGCCCGGCGCUGCGCCAGGCUCCGGAGCCUCAGCGGACGUAGCUGACACUGCCCCCACGGUGCAGGCUCUUUUGCCUACGUUUAUCUCAUUGAAAUUUCCAGGCCACCCAUUUGACAGAAACAAGCUCAGAGAGGUGGAGUAACUGGCCCAGACCACACAGAGUAUCUGAUACAAGAAAGUGGCACAUACAGUUCAGCAAUGUCUUGUUCCUUUGGGGAGAAUAAGUCCAAGGGCCUGAAAAUAUCAGAUGGCCUGGAAGGUGAGAGGCAGCGGCAAAGUGGUGAUGGGGCUGUCAGCCUGCCAGCCAACCAGCAUGAGGCUGGAAAGGGAUCCCAGAAGAAGCCUCAGAGCAGACGGAGAGAUCAAAAGAGCUCCGGGUGCCCGGAUAUGCUGGGUAAGCCAGGGGCCAGGAGCCUCAGUUCGUCCUCCAAGAGAAGCCCAUUCCCUGGCAAGCUGCAGGGGGAGAAGGGGAGUCCUACUGACCAUCUACGCUGGAAUGCCAGCUCCUUAGGACUCCAAGAACUCUCCUCUGGGUCGUUUACUGGGUCCCUGGGAAGAGUAAAAUCCAAGAUACCUGGAGAACGUUUAUCAUCAGGACAGAGGCGACCCAGAAGUCUUGAAUUCACCAUUUUUUCAAGAGAGAGAGAACUCCUCAAUCCAGAAACUCUUCUGUCUCAAGAGAAAAUGAGAAGUGAUCAUACAGACUCAGCAGCUACCCCCAGUGAAGUGGCCACUCUGGAUGUAGGUGCUACUGUGGCUCCAGAGAAAGGCUCCAGGAAUCCAGAACAUUCCAUGAUCCCAAAAGAAGGAGCAUUCAGGAAAACACUUUCCAAUGUAUCAUUGUCCAAAGGCAAGACAACCUGUGAGCAUCCGGAAUCUAUAGGGCCUUCAAAGAAAAAUGGAAUUGAGGGUCAAGAACCCCCUGAGACCUCGAGGGAGGUGGCAGGUGGUGAGCUCCAUCAGCCUUCAGGUCCAGAAGUCCCUCCUUCGUCAGGGAAGCCACAGGAUGAGGCCAUGUAUCCCCUUGGCCAUGCCCAGGAAGGAGAUCCAGCUGAUGGCACCUAUGUGCAUGAUUCCUACAGACCUGCCAUUGGUUCUGAGGAUCUCAAGACCUCAGGCAGAUACUCACCCAGCUGCCUCUCAAGCCAGGCCUCACUGCCUAUAAAGAACUCUGGAGACGUCCAGCAGAAGGAGGACCUGCAGAUGGCUAUCUUGAGCCCCAGGUCCCUGCCACAGUGUGAGCGACACAUGAAGCAGGUCCAGCUGCUCUUCUGUGAGGACGACAGGGAGCCUAUCUGCCUCAUCUGCAGUCUGAGUCAGGAACACCGAGGCCACCGGGUACGCCCUAUUGAGGAGGCUGCCCUGGAAUACAAGGUGAAAAUUCAAAAGCAGCUGGAGUAUGUGAAGGAGUUGAGAAAAUCUGGGGAGGAGCAGAGAUCUCAGGGAGAUAAGAAGACUGCGAAAUUUCUGAAACAAAUGGAAACCCAGAAGCAGAGAAUCCAGCACCAAAUAGAGCAACUGUACCAUAUUCUGGAGCAGCAAGAGAAGUUCUUUGUGGCCUCAUUCGAAGAUCUGAACCGGACCAUUGGCCAGGUCAGGGAGACGUAUAGCACCCAAGUGUCCAGAGACAUUGCCCUCCUCGACGAGCUAAUUGGAGAGCUGGAGGCCAAGCAAUUCCAGCCGGAGUGGGAGCUCAUGCAGGACAUCGGAGUCACCCUGCACAGGGUCAAGAUGGUGACUGUUCCUAAGCUGUGGAACACUCCCCUAGAGGUGGAAAAAAAGAUCCAGUUGUUCUACCGGAAAUCAGAGUUUGUAGAGAAGAGCAUGAAGUACCUCUCAGAAAUGCUGCGUUCAGAAAUAGAUAUCUUCAAUGUUCCAGAACUCAUCUGUGCUCAGGCACAUGCCGCUAAUGUGAUUCUGGAUGCAGAAACCGCCCACCCCAAUCUCAUCUUCUCAAAUAAUCUGAAGAGCGUGAGACUUGGAAACAAGUGGAAUCGUCUGCCUGACAAUCCAGAAAGAUUUGAUAGUUGCAUCAUUGCCCUAGGCCUUCCAAGCUUCUUCUCUGGCCGCCAUUACUGGGAAGUAGAGGUGGGAAACAAGACAGGGUGGAUCCUGGGCAUCUGCAAAGCAUCCAUGAGCAGGAAAGGGAGCAUGACUCUGUCACCUGACAAUGGCUACUGGGUGGUGAUAAUGAUGAAGCGGAGUGAGUACCAGGUGUCCACCAUUCCCCCAACACGCCUGCAAUUAAGGGAACCUCCCAAACGUGUGGGCAUCUUCCUGGACUAUAAGGCUGGAGACAUUUCCUUUUACAAUGUAACAAACAAAUCCCUCAUCUAUGCAUUCACUGGCUUCUCUUCCUCUGAGCCCCUCCAGCCUAUCUUCAGCCCUGGAACACAUGAUGGAGGGAAGAACAUGGAUCCUCUGACCAUCUGUCCAGUGGGUGACCAGGAACCUCACUGAGUGCCCUUUAUAUCUCUCUUCUGGUUUCCAGCCUUGAAUCUUGGAUCUGUACACUCAACUGUCAUUAUUGAAUGCCCACUGGGUUCCAGCUGCUGUGGGUAUAAUAUAACGAAUUAAGAAAAGAGUUCCUGUGCCUAUGGAAUGGUAGCAGAAAUAAACUAGGUACACAAAUACUUGUAAGCCAAAGGUGAAGAGAACACAUGUACUCAUGACACCUCAGAGGAGGAAGUACAUAGCUGUUGCUUAAUGAAUCCUUGUAUGAAUUAGCACCCUAAGAUGCCCAAGGCAGAGAUCUUACCCUCAUUUUCCCUCAGAACUCUGUGGCAAGGAUGUGUCCCUUCAUUCUGUUCUCUUCUUUCGUGAGGACUUGGAAAGCUGAGAUAAAACAAGUUGACUAGUUUGUUCUCUUUUUGUACCUGGAUUAAUGAGCUAUGGAUCUUAAGAGAAUUGGCUAGGCCUCAUAAAUAAAUUAGAAAACUUGGUCAUAAUUGCA